UUGUUUUGUUGGAACACUCGCAGAGGAAUUUUGUCAAACAACUUGCGCGCAUUGUUCAGGAUCUCUGCGGGACCCGAAUAGGUGACGACUCGCGGGUAACUAAACAAAGACAGGUUAAUCUAAAAUGUCUCAACAAGAAUCUCUCACCACAUGAGCGCAACUACUGCCACACAUACGAACUCAGUGGAAUAUGAAUGGAUAUUCUUCUCCUCUAACACCACCGAAUAGCCCUCCCUAUGUAACUCACUUUCAUUCGAGAUCUCUUCUUUACUUCCAGACCCAGCUCAAUUUUCGCACACCCACUUCCGGAUAUAGCUAUGAGUGUCGAUUCAACCUUCCUUUGCUUCAAUUACGAUCCUUUGCGCCACUUUAUAGGAAUCACAAGAAGAAGAGAAGCUAUAUUACCAUUUCAAGAGCGAGCCGCAGAGAGUCUCCUUAUGAAGUUCUAGGGGUUUCGCCUUCUUCAACAGUUAAUGAGAUCAAAAGGGCUUAUCGGAAACUUGCACUGAAGUAUCAUCCUGAUGUUAAUAAAGAGGCAAACGCGCAGGAGAAAUUUAUGAGAAUUAAGCAUGCGUAUAAUACGUUGCUCAACUCGGACUCUAGGAGGAAGUAUGACUCUGGAAAUCGCUCAUCUGAUUUUUCUUACUCUACUUCUCAAAGAGAACAAAGGAGGAAAUCCCAAGAUGAUGAAGAUUUUUAUGGAUUUGGUAAUUUUUUGAAGGAUGUUCAAAUAACGAUAGGGGACUUCUUCAGAGAUCUUGAAGAAGAAUUUCGAAAUUGGGAAGCAAAUGCCUCUUCACAAGGGAAGCCAAAGAGCCUAUGGGAGGAACUUGCGGAAAUUGGGGAAGAAUUUGUGGAGUUUUUGGAGAAAGAGCUCAACAUAGUAGAUUCAGAGACGGAAGCAAAUAAAAACAAUGAAGGAUCCAAUAGAGGCAACCCUGUUAACGAUUCUUGGACAAAGGAAAGAGGAAGUGACUCUGAAGAUGAAGCUGGCAAGGGGAGCAGCAUUGAGGAAAACCUUGAUGAGAUAGAAGCUACUCUAGCUCAGCUGAAAAAGGAACUGGGUUUGUAGGAGGAAAGAAGUCUUUUUUGCCAGAAAGCUCCUUGAUGACUCUGGGCCCGUUUGGGGCACCGUUUUUCCGCUCCAAAACGCAAUUAUUGCAUUCCAACCCCCAGUUUCAGAUCAGUCUGUGUUUGGCGGACAGUUUCGUUACAAAUCCACCAGCAUGAUUCAUGGUUUCGGUCGAAGCUCUCAGAGCUACUUCCUCUCAUACCGGCGUUUUGCAAAACUCUGUGUCACUUAAAAAAAAACAGUUCGUGUUUCAGCGUCGAAAUAUCACGGGUAUCUUGACACAUUUGCUCCAGGCAAAUCUGGUUAUUACCCUCAUCCCUCUGUGCAAUUUUAACCUAAAUCGCAACACUUUUUUGGGUUUGUCUUUUUUUCUUGUUCGUUUGUUUGAGUUGUGUCUUUUAUUUUGUCUUUGUUUGUAUGUUGGUUUGAUUUAUAUGGGUUAUGGGUGCUGGAACCAUGUCUGCUUCUUCUAAUAUUGUUAUGGACUUAUUUUUGUUUUUGUGGAUUUAUUGCUUCUCUGUUUU